AUGGUUCCCAGCUUCCUCUCCCUGAGCCUCUCCCGCUUGGGCCUGUGGGCGUCUGGGCUGAUCUUGGUCUUAGGCUUUCUCAAGCUCAUCUGCCUGCUGCUGCAGAGGCAGAGGUGCGCCAAGGCUAUGGAAAAAUUUGCAGGGCCUCCCACCCACUGGCUCUUUGGACAUGCCCUCGAGAUCCAGCAGACAGGGAGCCUGGACAAAGUGGUGUCCUGGGCUCACCAGUUCCCCUAUGCCCACCAACUCUGGUUCGGACAGUUCAUUGGCUUCCUGAACAUCUAUGAGCCCGACUAUGCCAAAGCUGUGUACAGCCGUGGGGACCCUAAGACCCCCGAUGUGUAUGACUUUUUCAUCCAGUGGAUUGGGAAAGGACUGCUGGUUCUUGAUGGGCCCAAGUGGUUCCAGCACUGUAAGCUGCUCACACCUGGCUUCCACUAUGAUGUGCUGAAGCCCUAUGUGGCCUUGUUCGCUGAGUCCACAUGUAACAUGCUGGACAAGUGGGAAUAAAAGGCUCGGAAGGAUAAGUCCUUUGACAUCUUCAGUGAUGUAGGCCACAUGGCACUGGACUCACUCAUGAUAUGUACCUUUGGAAGAGGAGAUACCAGCCUGGGCCACGGGGACAGCAGCUACUGCCUUGCAGUCAGCGAUCUUACUCGGCUGAUGCAGCAGCGCCUUGAGACCUUCCAGUAUCAUGGUGACUUCAUCUACUGGCUCACUCCACAUGGCUGCCGCUUCCUGCGGGCCUGCCAGGUGGCCCAUGACCAUACAGAGCAGGUCAUCAGAGAGCGGAAGGCAGCCCUGCAGGAUAAGAAGGUAUGGGAGAAGAUCCAGAAACAGAGGCACCGGGACUUCCUGGAUUUUCUCCUAGAUGCCCAGGUGAGUAUAUCAUUGUCCACCCCCACCUGAGGACUGGUCCCAGAGGGGUCUUCAGACCAUCCUCCUAGGACACAGAAGAAGCUCUUAAGCAUUUCCCCCUCUUUCUUUAGCAAAUAUAACCUGUUCCUUGUUUCACAAAACAUAUUAGCAAUGAGAUGAAGGUGGUCACAGCCAUGUGCUUGCUCCGCUUUGAGUUCUCUCUGGAUCCCUCACGGUUGCCCAUCAAGAUGGCCCAGCUUAUCCUGCGCUCCAAGAAUGAUGGCAUCCACCUCCACCUGAAACCACUGAGCCCUGGGUCUGGGAAGUAGCUCUGAUGAGAAUGGGGCCCAGACGGCUCAGGCUGUGACCUCUGCCUGGGCACCACCCUCCCUAGGCUGGAUGUAGAGGAGUUGGGGCACCCUGCCUUCAGGAGUCUUGUAGUUUAGAAGGGGGGUAGGCAUUAGUACAGACAACUCCUAGAGGACAGUGCUACAUAAAAAUGUGCGUCUAUAAAUGUUUAUUAUGCAUGUA